UGAGAGCCAGUCAGGCCCGGGUUUGGGGUUUAACGCUUUAGAGGCGGGUUCGCAUUACGUGGGAAAGUUGUCGUAGUAAGUGUGCCACGUCUGCUGGGAAGCGGUAGUCAUGAACUUGCCAAAAGCCGUUGUCUUGAAGCCUUCAAAUACUUUCUUAGUUCUAUGAGGUCGGGGGCCCUUUCUCUGUUUUUGUAGGAACUUUCCUGCGCCAGCAGCAUGAGGCUUUUUUUGUGGAACGCGGUGCUGACGUUGUCGGUCACUUCUUUGAGUGGGGCUCUGAUCCCUGAACCAGAAGUGAAGAUUGAGGUGCUCCAGAAGCCGUUCAUCUGCCAUCGCAAGACCAAAGGGGGAGAUUUGAUGUUGGUCCACUAUGAAGGCUACUUAGAAAAGGAUGGCUCCUUAUUUCACUCCACUCACAAACAUAACAAUGGUCAGCCCAUUUGGUUUACCUUGGGCAUCCUGGAGGCUCUCAAAGGUUGGGACCAGGGCUUGAAGGGAAUGUGUGUAGGAGAGAAGAGAAAGCUCACCAUUCCUCCUGCCCUGGGCUAUGGAAAAGAAGGAAAAGGUAAAAUUCCCCCAGAGAGUACACUGAUAUUCAACAUUGAUCUCUUGGAGAUUCGAAAUGGACCAAGAUCCCAUGAGUCAUUCCAAGAAAUGGAUCUUAAUGAUGACUGGAAACUCUCUAAAGAUGAGGUUAAAGUGUAUUUAAAGAAGGAGUUUGAAAAGCAUGGUGCAGUGGUGAAUGAAAGUCAUCAUGAUGUUUUGGUGGAGGAUAUUUUUGAUAAAGAAGAUGAAGACAAAGAUGGAUUUAUAUCUGCCAGAGAAUUUACAUAUAAACAUGAUGAGUUAUAAAGAUACAUCUGCCCAUUUUAUAUGGCAUCCAUCCUUAAAGACAGGGCAACCAUUUUAAAAGAAGGUCUUAUUUUUAAAUAAUGUGCUGUUCCUGUUCUGGUUUUAUAUAUAUAUAUAUUUUUUUUUUUCUGAAUAUUAUUUGAAAAACCCCUUAAGAUUCCUAAGUGCCCAUUUCUUUCUGGUGAGUUAUUGGGAAGAAAAAAAUUAAUUUGUCUUUGAACAGAAGACUGCUGAACUAUUUUCCACUUUCACAUAUGAAGCCUUAUGGUUUACUUGCUUACUUGUAAUUUUAAAACAUUGCACCCAGAAGCAUGCCCAACAAAUCGGCACCCUCUAUUUCUCCUUCCCUCUAUUUUCUCCAAGUUAGAUACUGACAUUUGAGAAACCUUUUGCAAUAGCCCAAGGCUUACUAUUUUCAUGUUAUAAUGAAACAGUGGGUCUGUAACUGCCUUUGAGUCUCUGCUUAAGGAAAAGAGGAAACUAGUUGUUGAUUUGGGCUUGUAACCAGUUACUGCUCUACUGAGAUGUGUAAGGCUGAAGUGAGUAACAAAGUUAAUAACUUAUAAAUAUGUAUACAUUGAAACAUUCUGCCCAGGACUUAAGUUUUAUAAAGUUUGGUUCCUAGUGACUAAUAAUCUAUAAUGAGAAAUAGGACAAAUUAUUUAUGUGUCUGGCUCUUUGUAAUAACGGGUCAAAACAUUGUUGCUGAGGUAGAGAGUUGUAUCUAGUCAAUGUUUAAGUCUAGCAGAUUACCCUUCCUGGUUUAUUAAUGAAUAAAAUCUAUUACUAAUGUAUUAUACUACAAUAACCUUGUAUCAUGAGAGAAGUUAGUAAGCCAAUCGAAAAUUUCCUGUUUCUGCUCAUCAAAAAAUGGCAUGGAUCCACAGCUGCUACUAUUGCAUAGAAAUCUGUCCUGCGUCAAAAAAAUGGAUGAUUUUAUAAUUUUACCUGAAAUUGGCUUUUAUCCUUUUCCUUUAAAAAAGCUCCCAAAUCUCCAUUUACUAAGAAUAGUUCUUUAUCAUUUACAAAGUGAUCUCAAGUGCAUCAUUGUCUUUGAUUUUCAUUGCUCUGAGCCCUGUGGGGGGGGGAAAAAAAAACAACUGGUGGAUCUUAAUGUAACUGUUUUAUAGAUGAGGACAUUAUCCUUCAAAGAGAUUGAUUGUUUUGUCCGAGGUCAACAGCUAACUUGUGCAAACAGAUCGCAGUCCCCAAGUUCAGUAUGUUUGUUUUGCCCUCUACUAGUGAAAAAGCAAAACUUCCCUUUGAACUCAUUGGACCUAAUUCUCUCUUCACUUUGCUCUCAAAGCAG